CGGUUUUAUCAUUGUAAAUAUGGGUUCCGGUCCUGUCGAAAGAAUCCAACAACUCGAUAUUAUUGAGAGGGAAAUUGCAACAGCUAUUCAUAGUGCUGGUUUAGCUCUCCAGGAACUAGCCAAAGAAAAGCCACAAGCUAAACAAAUAGAGACACAUACACAUACUUUCAUGAAAACUUUAAUGGAAGUAGAGAAGAAAAUGACAAACCAUAUUAACUACCUCACACAAGUUUCUACUGGUCAGCCUCAUGAGGGAUCAUCAUAUGCAGCAUCUAAAGAUUUGACUCUAGCUUAUCACAGAAUCGAUCAUAUCAAAAGCAGAUUGGCUACUCUAGAAAGAUUUCACCAUGAACUUAGUCCUCAAAAACCUCAUGCAAAGACUUUACAAAUGUCUGAUACUUGAAGUUGAAUAUCAUGCAACUCAUAUUGAUUUGUUAUAGAAGAUGCACAAUGUACAUAUAUUUGUUGUCUUGGAAGGAAACAAGAACUGACAAGUCUUUGUCAAAGAUCCUCAUAUUUUCAAAAAUCAACUAAAAUGGAUGUAAAUGUGAUCUAUGUGAGGUGUCAGAUCCAGAACAUGUAGUCACCAUAUUGUCAACAUUGUACAAUAAAUGCUUUCAAAAGUCUU